ACAUCUACCAAAUCCACACUCAAACACUAUCCACGACGUCGUUUCAUCGCAUCCACAAAACAUAACAAACGGUGCGCACAGCUCAAAUACACACAGAUAGAUAAUACGCGGAGCCAGAGAGUUGCUAACGACGUCGUUCCGGUUCAAUUCCCGGUUAAUCGGAAACGUGAAACGCAAUGUCUGACCAGAAGAACCGGUGGAACUGGGAUGUGGCCGGUUUUGAAUCGAAAAGACCGGUGGCGGUGGAGUCUGGCGAUCAGAAGUCGCCGCCGUUGGUGCGGAGAUACUCCAUAGCGUCGCCGUUAGCGCGUCCUCAUUUCGAUGUCGCCAAGCAGAGAGCGGUGGUUACCAAACUUAGUAAAUUGAAGGACAAGGUUCAGGUCACAAAAGAUGAUUAUUUAAAGUUGAGAAAAGAAGCCAGCAAUUUCAAAGAGUACUCUUAUACAGAACUCGAUAACGUGAUUUCUUAUCUACAUGUUCUUGCUGAGAAGACUCAUAAGCUAGAUCAGGCUGCAGUUGAAACAGAAUCUAGAGCUUCGCCGCAGUUAGAUGAGAAUGGGAGAUUGUAUAAUGAGUCAUUGACCACUAAAGGAAACAUAAAGGUGUUUUGUCGAACAAGGCCACUUUUUGAUGAUGAAGGUCCAUAUGUUGUUGAAUUUCCGGAUGAUUACACAAUUCGUGUCGGUACUGAUGAUGAUAAUUUAUCCAAUGCAAAGAGAGAUUUUGAAUUUGAUAGAGUUUACCGACCUCAUGUUAGUCAAGCUGAAAUUUUCAGUGAUGUUCAACCAUUGGUGCAGUCAGCUCUGGAUGGAUAUAAUGUUUCAGUUUUUUGUUAUGGACAAAGUCAUUCAGGAAAGACCCACACUAUGGAAGGAUCUAGCUCUGAUAGUGGUCUGUAUGGCAGAUGCUUUGAAGAGCUUUUUGAUGUAUCCAACUCAAAUACAGCUUCUGGUUCUCGAUUUGAUUUCUGCCUUAGUGUUUUCGAACUAUACAAUGACCAGGUUAGAGAUCUGCUUUUAGUAUCUGGAGCCGGCAAGUCAAAAGUUCAGGUGGGGACCUUUGGGUCUGAAGAUUCCUUCAUAAAUCUUUUACAAGAAAAGGUUGAUAGUCCACAGGAAUGCUCCAAAGUUCUAACUACAGCGUUACAGAAUCGGGGAGCUGACGUAUCAAAGUUCAAUGUUUCUCAUCUGAUCAUUACCAUUCACAUUUAUAAUAAAAACUUGAUCACGGGUGAAACUGUCUGUAGCAAGAUUUCAUUAGCUGACUUGGCUAGUAGCAGCAGCUUAAACCUGCAAGAUGAUGAUGGGGAGCAAGCAAAAGACUUGCUGCAUGUCAUGAAAUCACUAUCAGCGUUGGGGGAUGUUAUGACUUGCUUGACCUCAGAAAAGGACCUUGUCCCUUAUGAGAAAUCGACACUGACGAAAGUUCUUGCAGAUUCAAUAGGUGGAAGCUCAAAAACUUUGAUGAUUGUUAAUGUGUGUCCAAACAAGUCAAAUUUGACAGAGACUUUAGCAUCUCUUAAUUUUGCUGCCAGAGCUCGAAAUGCUACACUAGGCCGUGGCGAUAGGGAUACAAUUAAGAAAUGGAUGGAUGUGGCAAAUGAUGCACGAUGGGAGAUGUAUGAGAAGGAGAAGGAAUGUAAUGACUUAAAACAAGAGGUUAUGUUUGUAAAAAAAGCACUAAAGCAUGCAAAUGAUCAGUGCGUACUACUCUUUAAUGAAGUUCAAAAGGCAUGGAAAGUUUCAUUCACAAUACAGUCUGAUCUGAAGGCUGAAAACAGUAUCUUGGCUGAGAAACAUAAGACAGAAAAGGAUCAGAAUGCUCAGCUUAGAAAUCAAGUUGCUCAACUUUUAAGGGUGGAGCAAGAUCAGAAAUUACAGCUACAACAAAGGGACUCAACAAUUGAAACUUUGCAGGAUAAACUAAGAAGCGUCGAAUUAGAACUGAAUAAAGCUCAUCUGUCUAAUGAUGACAAGUCAACAAUGAACUUGGACUCGAGGAUGGUGGCUCAACCAACUUCCAAUGCAAAUAGUCAGGACAUGGAUUCUGUAUCUGUCACCAAAAAACUGGAAGAAGAACUUUUAAAACGUGAUGCACUGAUCGAGAGAUUGCAUGAAGAAAAUGAAAAGUUAUUUGAGAGAUUAACGGAAAAAGCAGCUUCAGCCAGAUCAGCACAGGUGUCAAAUUCCUCACCCAAAUUAGUAAAUAAUGGUCAGGCUGGAAAUAGUGGGAGGAAUGAUACUACUGGUAAAGGUCGUCUAGCAGCUUCUUCCCCUUCUCCAGCCACAAAUAAGAUUGAGGGAAGUACUGCCUUGGUCAAGGCAGGUCCGGAGAAAGGCAAGACAACUCCCGCCGGAGAAUAUCUAACUUCGGCCCUGAAUGACUUUGAUCCAGACAAAUAUGAUGGUCUUGCCACCAUUUCAGAUGGAGCUAACAAACUAUUGAUGCUGGUCUUGGCUGCUGUCAUAAAAGCAGGAGCUUCCAGAGAACAUGAGAUACUUUCUGAAAUAAGAGAUGCUGUCAUUUCAUUUAUUCGUAAGAUGGAGCCAAAGAGGGUAAUGGAUACUGUGCUGGUUUCGCGUGUUAGGAUUUUAUAUUUAAGAUCUUUGCUUUCUAGGUCGCCUGAGCUACAAUCCAUCAAGAUUCUUCCUGUUGACCGCUUUUUGGAGAAAGCCAACAACGGACGUAGCAGAAGCGCCAGCAGAGGUAGCAGCCCUGGCAGAUCUCCUUCACGUCUUGAUUCCAACAUGAGAAAUGCACUUGUUGAAGAACACAUACAUCGCUUUAAAAUAAACAUAAAGCCAGAAAAGAAGUCAAAGUUAUCAUCAGUAGUUCUCAAAAUACGUGGAAUUGAUCAGGAAGCAUGGAGACAUCAUAUGACUGGUGAAAAGCUUAGAGAAAUUACUGAUGAAGCCAAAGCCUAUGCUGUUGGAAACAAGGCCCUUGCUGCUCUGGUCGUUCAUACCCCUACAGGUGAGCUGUUGCGUCAAAUCAGCUCUUGGCUUGCCGACAACUUCGACUUUCUCUCCGUCACUUCAGAAGAGGGACCAACUGGUCAGAUAGAACUUCUUUCCACCGCAAUCACAGAUGGUUGGAUGGCUGGACUUGGAGUUGCAAUGCCUCCCAGUACUGAUGCUCUUGGACAGCUUUUAGGAGAGUAUGCAAAGCGUGUGUAUAAUUCUCAAUUGCAACACCUGAAGGACAUUGCUGGUACACUGGCUACUGAAGUUGCAGAAGACUCUUUACAAGUAGCAAAAUUGCGUUCAGCUUUGGAAUCUGUCGAUCACAAAAGACGAAAGUUGUUGCAACAAAUGAGGAAUGAUGAAGCAUUGUUGACACUACAAGAUGGUGGUUCACCUAUUCGAAAUCCUUCAACUGCUGCUGAGGAUGCACGUCUAGCAUCUUUAAUAUCUCUUGAUGUCAUAUUGAAGCAAGUCAAGGACAUUGUCAGGCAGUCCUCUGUGAACACGCUGGCUAGAAGUAAGAAAAAAGCAAUGCUUGCUUCUUUAGACGAACUUGAAGAAAGGAUGCCAUCCCUGCUUGACGUAGACCACCCUUGUGCCCAAAUGCACAUUGCAGAAGCUCGUCAUGCUGUAGAGAUAAUUUCUGAAGAGGACGAUAUCAUCCAAGAAACGCCAGAUGCUUCCAAAGUAACUGCAGAUACCGGGCCUGCAGCUGAAAUUGAUGUAGCUCAGUGGAACGUCCUCCAAUUUAAUACAGGAUCUACAACCCCAUUUAUUAUCAAAUGUGGCGCUAAUUCCAAUUCUGAGCUGGUCAUUAAAGCUGAUGCUCGUGUUGAAGAACCCAAAAGUGGCGAGAUUGUAAGGGUUGUUCCAAGACCCACCAUUUUAGAAAACAUGACACUUGAGGAGAUGAAGGAAGUUUUUGGUCAGCUUCCUGAGGCGUUGAGCUUACUUGCCCUAGCUAGGACGUCAGAUGGAACCCGAGCUCGGUAUUCUAGAUUGUACAGGACUCUUGCCAUGAAGGUUCCAGCACUCAGGGACCUUGUUGGGGAGCUUGAAAAGGGAGGAGAACUUAAAGACGUCAAGUCAUGAUUGUCAUGCAGAACUUUUAAAACAAAUACCUCUCAUUUGUUGUACUUGGGAGUUUGUUUUAAAAGUCCUUACUCCAUUGCUAGAGGUUUGGGCUGGUGCAGAAUUUGAACUGUUGUAAAAAAACUAUCCUUCUAAUGUAUGUCUUAACGUUUUCUGGAAUUGUACAUGUAUGAUUCUAUGCAUUUCUAUACUUGCUAUGUAUAGAAAGUAUAGUGCAGGGGCUGUAUUUGGUUUGAUGUUUUGUAAAUUGUCUCGGGUCAAGAAGAGGGUGAUGCUUGUGUUGUUUUCA